AUGUGUGAUCUACUCAGUAUAGAUGUGUUUUAUGAAAAGAUUGACAUGGAUGCUGUGACAGAGAGAGUAUUUAGGGUGUAUAACAUGCUGGAUGAUCUUUUAUUAUCUGAAGACAUCUCGUUUGAUUUAUAUAGUUACUUGAAAGUAAGUAAUCCACGUAUACCAGUCAUACAAGGCCUUCCUAAGGUCCAUAAAUCUGUGCAGGAACCCCCUAUGAGACCUAUUGUUGCUGGCCAAGGCUGGCUCACUGAACCAAUGUCGAUAUACGUGGAAUAUUUUGUAAGACCAUUGGUUAAUAAUAUUCCACAUAUUUUAAGGGACAGUAAGCAGUUCCUACUUGAGCUAUAUGAAUAUAUGAAAAGUUUGGAUGAUCUGAGUGAUUUUACGUUGGUUACUUUAGAUGUAGUGAGCCUCUUUACAAAGAUUCCCAAUGAUGUAGGCGUCUUGUAUAUGCAGCGAUUUUUACAAUCUAAGUCUGACUUUAUUGAUAAGAAGGUGGAGUUAAUUUGUCUGUUUAUGGAGACUAUUUUGUAUAACAAUGUGUUUAUGUUUGGAGAUUCCGUUUACUCACAGAAGGAUGGCGUAGCAAUGGGCACUCCUUGUGCCAAAAGCUACACCAAUGUAGUUGUAGCACAAUGGGAGGAGACUUUUUUGUUUAAAUCACAGCUUUUCAAGGAGGGUGUCGGUUUCUAUAAGAGAUUUGUAGAUGACCUCUUUUUGAUUUGGCUUGGUGAUGUGGAUGGAUUGUUGUUGUUUUUUGAAGAAAUUAAUGCUUCAACUGAUUUUUUGAAAUUGACAUCCAAUUUUUCGAAGGAAUGUGACUGCAUAAGAUGCCCAGAAGAUUUCUGGCCAAAUACUGCAAAAGAUUUCUGUAUUACAAAACACAUCGAGUUUCUUUCGUAUGAAGAUUCCCUGGGUACAGCCCUGGUAACAUUUUCUGUUGUCUUCUCCCUGAUACCAAUUGCAGUGUUUUGUAUCUUUCUGAAAUAUCGUAACACUCCUGUUGUGAGAGCCAAUAACCGUGAAGUCAGCUACUUUCUCUUGUUAACACUACAGCUAUGUUUGCUAACUCCACUCAUAUUUAUUGGUCGUCCAAAGAAUGAGACUUGUGUUUUCAGACAGCCAGCUUUUGGCAUUUUCUUUUCUAUCUGUGUCUCUUCUAUUCUGGCAAAAACAAUCACGGUAGUUAUUGCCUUUAAUGCUACAAAACCAGGAAGUCGUUUGAGAAACUAUAUUGGGCCAAAGAUGUCAUUUGCUACUAUCUUUUGUUGUUCUGUCAUUCAGUGUUGUAUUUGUGUUGUAUGGUUAUCAGUUUCUCCACCAUUUUCAGAGUCUGACAAGAGCUAUCCUGGGAAGAUAGUCAUUCAGUGUAAUGAAGGCUCACUUCUCAUGUUCUACCUAAUGCUGGCAUAUUUAGGCAUUCUUGCAACUGUAAGCCUUGUAACUGCCUUUCUUGCCAGGAACCUUCCAGAUAGCUUCAAUGAGACCAGAUUUAUCACAUUUAGCAUGAUUGUUUUUAUAAGUGUUUGGCUGUCAUUCAUACCUGCUUACAUCAGCACAAAGGGGAAAUAUAUGGUCGCUGUGGAGAUUUUUGCAAUAUUCUCAUCAAGCGUUGGAUUAUUAAUUUGCAUAUUUUUACCCAAAUGCUAUAUUAUUUUAAUGAGACCAGACAUGAAUGCUAAAGGACACAUUACAAGGCAGUAA